AUGACACUCCUUCUCAACUUAACACUUCUUCCUUUGUCGGUAGAUUUUGACAGCCCAGGAGACUACUUGCUCUUCAUUUUCCAUAUCUUAUUCGGGACGUGUACCGUGCUGGUCGCCGGCUCUGUGGUGAUCGGGAUCUUUGGCACACGCAUCCUAUUGCGACAAAACCGCUUUAUAUUCAUGCUGAACACAAGCAUAUGCGACACGCUGACCGGCUGUAGUAUUUUCUACACGUGUCUCUUCGAUGUGCGCUGGGGCUUCCCGCAGAAAAACGGGUUUUUUAACAUUUUUCAAUCACUUCUUGGGGUUAACAUGAUGACGUUUUUAUUUGCCCAGUUUGACCGAUAUUUCGCCGUGUGCCAUCCAUUCUUUUACGCGCGGUUUAUCACCAGACGCAUUAUUGUGUGCGUCAACGUGUACAGCUGGUUGCACGUCUAUGUCCAGUUACUCAUACAGCAGCUGGUCCCAGUGUCUAAAGCCAUCGAGAUCUCAUUGUACAGCAGAGUAGGUAUACAGAUAAUCAUUAUCGUGAAUGUGACCAUGACCAUUAAACUGCUCUUGGUCGCCAAGUAUCAGCUCCAGCGAGAGCCACCGAGCCCAGAAAGAGACAGCAAGAAGGAGUCGUUGUUGAUUAUUGUGUUAGUUGUUAUCUUUUUCCUGGUGCUGUGGUCCCCGGCCAUGCUGAACUCGAUUGGGUCGCUGGGAGUAGGGAGCGGCGCACAGUUUAGAAACGAGGCAGAAAGCCCACUAAACAUUUUGUCCAGGGCCAACGCGCUGUGCACGCCGUCCCUGUACCUGUGGGCGAGCCCGUCUCUGAAGACGGCCGUGUGGGAAACUAUAUGGAGCAAAAUCUGCUGCAAGUGUCCGAAAAGGUUGGUGGCAUGA